GAAUAACGUAGUUGUCAUCUUUCGUGAUUUCGACUAUAGUCAAAGGCACGUUUGUAAAGUCAAAUAUUGUAUUUAAAGCUCUUAUUUUCUCCUGGAAAAUGACAAAAAACACUAAAAGAAAAAUCCUUAUGGGAAUUCACCGUUAUAACCGAAUUUGUUUGGAGUCAAUCUAAGCUCCGCCCAUCGCUCUGACGUCAGACUUAGGCUGUCUAUUGUCUAAUGUCUAAUUUGUUUUUUGUUUUUGACACUCUCUAAAAAGUUGAUACAAACGUUUUUGUUGACGAUUUACCGUUUUUACAUUAUUAAUACGCUUAAAUAAACUCAAUCAUAAAUCGUAAAAUGGUUAUAUUGCAAUUAGAGGAGCAGCCUCCUAUUGUACAAGCAAUUUUCGCUGGAGCAGUAGGCGAAGUAAUGGAACUGAUAGAUUACAAACAAGACAUCAAUUGCACAGACAACCAAAAACGGACACCACUACAUGCAGCUGCCUUCAGUGGAAACUCCAGCAUUGUAUCCUUGCUACUGGAAAAUGGGGCAAGAGUGAAUGCUAAGGAUAGUAAAUGGAUUACCCCAUUGCAUAGAGCUUGCUCUGUGGGAGCAGAAGAAGUUGUGUCUGUUUUAUUGAAGUACCAAGCGGACGUGAAUGCCCGAGAUCGGUUAUGGCAAACCCCUUUGCACGUAGCUGCAGCAAACGAUGCCUACGGUUGCGUGGAGCAACUGUUGAACCUCGUGCCAAACCCGAACGUAACUGAUAGGUCAGGUCGAACUGCCUUGCAUCACGCCAGCUACAAUGGACAUGCGGACACUGCUUCGUUACUUAUCUCUAGGGGGUGUUUGGUGAAUGCCUGUGACAAGAAGGACUGCCGGGCUUUGCAUUUUGCCGUGCAGAUAGGACAAAUUGAUACAAUGGAACUACUAUUAAGAUACGAAGCAGAUGUGAAUGCCAAGGAUAGGAAUCAUUACACACCACUCCAUGUAGCGGCCGCAUGUGGAUCCGAGUACAUGUGCCAGCAGUUGUUAGUGAGCGGUGCGGACCUAACUCUGGCAGACCUAAAUGGCAACACCGCAUUGCAUGUGGCCUGUCUAUGUGGAAACUCUGCAGCUGUUCACACUUUGUGCAAUGCUGGGGCCCCAGUAGAGGCACGAAACAACCGAGGCAGGGCUCCACUUCAUCUAGCGGCCGCUUCUCCUGCUGCCAGGGCUGCUGACUGCUUGGAUACCCUGCUUGAGACUAGGGGCGUAGAUGUGGAUGCCAGAGAUGCGGACGGACGGACCCCGUUGCACGCAACUGUUUUGCAUGGACGAUUCACCAGAAGCAAGGCUUUACUUGACAAAGGUGCCUUAGUAGAUGUCAAAGAUAAGAACUACUGUACACCGUUACAUAUCGCAGCUUCGUAUGGUCAUGAUCUGUUAGCUAACACAUUGCUUGAAUUUGGCGCUCAUCCGUCUAGAAAAGGAUUUGAGGGAAGAACUCCACUACACAUGUGCUGCUUAUCUGGUUAUGUCGAAUGUGGUAGGAAAUUUGUACAGAUCGGCGUUGAUUUGAACGAAAGAGAUAAUUCGGGGAAAACACCAACACAUAAUGCUGCUUAUAAAGGCUCAUACGAAUGCCUUGACUUGUUGGUGAGCAAUGGAGCUGCCUUCAAGUGUGUGGACGAUCUGCAACGCCUGCCUCUCCAUUACGCUGCUGCUUAUGGCCAUUACCAGUGCGCGUUUACACUUGUGGGCAUCGGCAGUCCUGUCAAUGUUGCGGAUUCCAACGGCUGCCAUCCGCUCCACUUGGCGGCGGCGUAUGACCAGGAGGGGAAGGUGAUCGAAUACCUCUUGAAACAUAAGGCGGACGCCACUGCUGAAGAUAGUAGAGACACCAACAGAGACUCAUGAGUGGAAAGCUAUAGCAUUCAAAUAUAAUGAGAUGUGGCAAUUUCCGCUAUGUCUAGGUGAUGGAAGACAUAUCACAUUCAGAGCUCCAGUGUCAUGUUCAUAUUAUUAUAAAUAUUAUAACUAUAAAGGAACAUUAGCCUUGUACUUUUAGGCUUCGUAGAUGUAAAAUACCGCUUUACAUAUCUAGAUAUCAAUAUGAAUGGAAGAAUUAGUGAUGGAGGUGUUUUUAGAAACAGCAAAUUGUCAUAGGUUAUUUUGACGAAUUCACUAAAUUUUCUUGAAGCCAGCAGCUUCUAGGAUUUUCAGACAUAUUCGCUGAAGAGGAGCCUGAAGGAAAAACUGAAUUGAUGCAACAAAAGUAUGAUAUUAUGGAAUGUGAACUUCUCAGGAAAGAAUCGGAGGCAUGAAUUAAAAUAAUAGAACAGGAGGCAGAAGUAACAAUUGAUGGAAUAAUCGAGUCCAAUAAAUUAAAAAGAGAAAUUUUAUUACUAGAAAAACAUGUUCUGCUACAAAAAAUAACAAACACAAACUUAUUAGAUAUUUAUGGAUACCAGUUCUUUAUAAAAUUAUACAUAACACUUUGCUUAAGUUAUGAUAAGAUUUAUUUGGUUGAUUUAAUAAAAC